GCAUUUGUAAUCUAGCUCUUUAUACAUGUGACAUCUAUGGCGCGUACUACAAUGAAGUCUUUUUAGUUUUUAGCAUAUCGUCUCCGGGUUUCGUUAUAGUUGCAUUAUUCUUUUUAUGCCGAGAUAACAUGUCCUCAUAAAUACUGUUUUUGUUGAAAAUUGUUAACGAAACAACCGUCGAUAGUGACAAAAGCACAAAAAUGUCUCAGGAAACGUACCAGGCUAUGAUCACGUCUACCGACUCCAGCCCAAAUAAAGACUCACUCCCGAGGGCCAGCGCAACCGCCAAGACCCCAAUCCAGAUUCUGCACGAGUAUGGCGUUAAACAUGGCAAAAUCCCCGCCUACGUGCUAGAGAAAGCUGAAGGGGAGGCCCACCAGCCCAGCUUCGUGUUCAGCGUGACCGCCGGAGACGUCUGCGGCACAGGCGAAGGUUCUAGUAAAAAGGCGGCCAAACAUGUCGCUGCAGAAGUUGCCUUGCGCAUGCUACAGGUGGACACCACGGCCAUGAGCUUUCCUGUCAAGCCAGAGAGUAACGAUGCUGCACCAGAAUCAAAUGGCACUCCAAACUCUGUGGGUACACUGCAGGAGUUGUCCUUGCAGAGAGGCUGGCGUCUCCCCGAGUACACAAUGCUGCUGGAGACCGGUCCACCACACCGGCGAGAAUUCACCGUCACCUGUGCAAUGGAGUCCCUAUCGGAGACGGCAUCUGGAAAUUCCAAAAAAGCCGCAAAGAAGGCAGCUGCUGACAAGAUGGUGGCCAAGCUUCAAAGUCUGUCAGGCUCCUCUGAAAUCACAUGGACGCCGAAACCGAGGGUCCGAUUCGAAAACCUUCAGAACUCUUCGGCGGAGAAAAUCUCCCUCCUGAGGAGGAACCCGCUGAGCAUUCCCAACACGGACUACAUUCAGCUGAUGACCGAGCUGGCAAAGGAGCAAAACUUUGACAUCGCCUAUUUGGACAUCGACGAGCUGACGGCUAAUGGGCAAUACCAGUGCCUUGUCGAGCUGUCCACCUGCCCCGUCACCGUGUGUCACGGCACGGGUAUCUCCCGCACUAACGCGCACAACGCUGCUGCACACAGCGCCCUCCAGUACAUCAAAAUCGUGGCCUCCACCAAGUAAAACCCACCAACUGGACCGGAAGGUACAUUUUAACACAAAUAAACCACAACCAACUGUAUGUUAGGACACCAUCAUGUGUUACUGAAUAUUUUAUGCACUUGUAUGUGGCUGAAAUAAACAAAAUGAAGUGCUUGUGUGACAAAAUGUGUACUCUACGUCCACGCAUCUGUACCACAGCAGAAAAUAAAACUACUAAAUGGAAGCGGGUACUUACUCGUCAUAUAAUUGUCAAGUCAACAAAAUAUGAGAGGAUGUAAAAUGCGAAAAGACACACAAAGUGAAAAGGUUGGGUGAAUGAACCACACACCGAAGGUCCGGUUUUAUUAGUACAAGCACUAUGUAGCAGCAGUGUACAGUGUUGAUGGAAAGAUAUGUACUUUGUUUCAAUUGCACUUUUUAUAGAAGGUACCAUCAGGAAACCGAGCGGACGCGGUCCGGCCCAUGACAUGAACAGAACCUUUCUGUAAGGCAUCUGCAACAAUCAUUGGCAGGCGACACAUGCAGGCGGAACUAUCGAUGGAGGGCUGGUUUUUCUUAGUUUUUUUUUCCCCCUAAGACGGUACUGAAAAUGGAUGGAUGGAAGGAUGGCCUCAUUUUCUAGAUGCACAGUAUUUACACUUACUUCAGGUUGUAUGGCAGCGUAGCAAAGAGUUACGUUUACAGCGUGUGUAUGUAAAUCUACUGUCAGACAUGUUUGGCUAGAACUCAACUUGUCCUUUAGCUUUAAUAUCACUAAGCAGUUGUGAAUGGCAGAACGUCAUAUUACCAGUGUGUGUGUGUAUCAGUCAUUCCUAAAUGCAUUAAGGCACAGCAAGUGAAACUAUACUGAAAAACUCGGGGAAAAUGGAGACAUAAUAACAGACUAUUUGUCCUGUCUAUUAGCAUUGGCAUGAAAAGAGCAGUUGAAGCUGUCUUUAGGUAGCUAGAUACUCAGUUUUAAAAUAUGCUCCUGUAUUGGGAAGCAGUAUUUCCCUUGAAUGAGCAGCAGGGGGCUCUGCUGUUUUAGGGUGGACCAAGUAGCUGCCCGGACAUGACCAACUGUACACUAUAUGGACAGAAAGUCGUUUGUAAUCAAUUGUGAGUUGAGUACUGUCUCAAGUUCAACACCAAAGCUUCUGGGUUGGUGUAUUCCAAAUGACAACACAUAUUUACAUUUUUUUUUAGGUGCAUAAAUCAUUGCCCGAUAUCCCAUGAAAGUAUAAUAAGCGCGUUGAUAAGUAGUUAUUAAUAUAAAAUCCCAUACAGUGGUAUGAAAAAGCAUCUGAACCUUUUGGAAUUUCUCACAUCUCUGCAUAAAAUCACCAUCAAAUGUGAUCUGAUCUUUGUCUAAAUAACACAGACGAAAAAAACACAGUUUUAACUACAACCACCCAAAAAUUUAUAGGCGGGGCCGGAUGUUUGGGGGGGCCAGGGUGGGCACGG